AUGGCAGACGCAUUUUUCGGAUCCUGGGUAGCACGAUUCGGUUCACCAACUGUCAUCACAACUGACAGAGGACCACAGUUUGAAGCACGAUUGUUUAAGGCGUUAACAAAAUUAAUUGGUUGCAGGACACAACACACAACCGCGUACCACCCACAGGCAAACGGAACAAUCGAACGCUGGCAUCGUUCCCUGAAGACCGUAAUCAAAUGUCACGAGACGACCGACUGGGUAAAAGUCCUGCCCGUAGUGAUGUUGGGACUGCGGAACGCAUUAAAAGAAGACAUCGGUACAUCUGCUGCCGAACUCGUGUACGGGACGCAACUGAGGAUACCCGGCGAAUAUUUCAGCCAGGAGGAGCCAUCUCAGGACCCGUUUCCAUUCCUGGAAAAAUUACGACAGACAAGUACUGUAGCGAUCCCUUCAUUGGACGAGCUACAACAGCGCCACGCAGCGACACCAACAUCCGGCGCCAGCGGAAAGUUCCGGGUUUAA